AGAAAGAAAGAAAGAAGUCCCCAAGGAGUGAAAAGAACAGGAACCAAAUAACAUGGAGAUGUAGUCAAAGAUGGCUUGAAGUCUUGACACCUGAUAAAUAACUGUGAAAACGGGAGGGGGAAAAGCAGAGAGAAGAAGAGGCGAUGAAGAAGCAUUUGGUUCUGAUGUUUGUGUGGGCACAUUUGCUUCCAUGGGGAUCGGCUGAAAAAGAAAUGUCGGCAGUGGGCGAUCCGGGGAUGAAAAGAGAUGGUUUGAGAGUGGCGUUUGAAGCUUGGAAUUUCUGCAAUGAAGUUGCACUUGAAGCUCCUCACAUGGGGAGUCCCAGAGCUGCUGAUUGUUUUGAUGUUUCAAAUUCAACACUGAUACACAAGGUAUCCGAGGUUGAUAACAGGCUUGGAAUAGGCAAAACCUUCAAAGGAAUGUCUGCAGAUGUAAUGUACAACCCGGAUCUUUAUGCAGCUCAGAAGGAGCUCUAUUUGGGUUCUUUAUGUGAAGUUUCAGAAACUUCAAACCCAUGGCAAUUUUGGAUGGUCAUGUUGAAAAAUGGCAACUUCGACACAACCACCGGUCUCUGUCCUGAAAAUGGGAAAAACCCCAUCCCUCCUUUUACCACAAAGAGGUUCCCUUGCUACGGCAAAGGCUGCAUGAAUCAACCCACUUUGAACCAUCAACCUACACAACUGUUACCUGAUGGUACAAUGAGGGGAUGGUUCAAUGGGACUUAUGAUUUGGAUGCUGAUAUCGGGAAAGACCUUAAUCUAUCAUUUUAUGAAGUAAUUUGGGAGAAAAAGCUUGGUUCUGGAAGUUGGGUCUUUAACCAUAAGCUCAAGACCACAUCCAAGUAUCCAUGGCUGAUGCUUUACCUUCGAGCUGAUGCGACCAAAGGAUUCUCUGGUGGAUACCAUUAUGAAACAAGAGGCAUGCUCAAUUCUCUCCCGGAAUCUGAUUUUAAAGUCAAGUUCAGAUUGGAAGUCAAAAAAGGAGGAGGACCAAAGAGCCAAUUCUACCUUCUUGACAUAGGCAGCUGCUGGAAGAACAAUGGCAAGCACUGUGAUGGAGAUGUGCUCACAGAUGUCACACGAUACAGUGAGAUUAUCAUAAACCCUGAUACGCCAGUUUUGUGCAGCCCCACGGCAUUGGGGAACUGCCCACCGUACCAUAUAACUCCCGACGACAGAAAGAUUUACAGAAACGACACCGCCAAUUUCCCUUACGGAGCUUACCACUACUACUGUGCUCCCGGUAAUGCUCAACACUUGGAGCAGCCUGUUAGUCUCUGUGAUCCGUACAGCAAUCCACAAGCACAGGAGAUUGUUCAGCUGCUGCCUCACCCUAUAUGGGGUCAAUACGGGUAUCCAACUGAAAAGGGUCAGGGUUGGGUCGGGGAUCCGAGAACAUGGGUGCUCGACACCGGUGGCCUGGCCAGUAGGCUUUACUUCUAUCAGGAUCCGGAUACCCCUCCAGCUAAAAGAAUAUGGACAUCUAUUGAUAUGGGCACUGAGAUUUUCAUUAGUGACAAAGAUGAAGUGGCAGAAUGGAGUCUUAGUGACGUGGAUAUUAUUCUCAUGUGAUUCUUUGUUAGCGCAAAUGAUAAGAAAAAGAGACUGACCAAAGCUCGAAGCGCUUGGCUUUGAAGUUUAUUCUUUUAGUUAUAUUUCCUAAUGUGGUAUUGCAUUGUACCUUAAUCAUAUUUUUAUUCAAGUAAUCAAUAUAAAGGAUUAUCAUUCCAUUGUUACAA